UGUUCGACAGGAGCCCAGUUUUGGGCCCUGGAAGGGGUCCCCCUUCCUGCAACAGAACUAGAAGUGAAGAAGGUAAAUCGCACUUGGGGUAGAAUAUUCCUUAAUAUUUGAAGAGCAUAUUUAUUGCAGACAAAAUGAAAAUGGAACUUCAGAAAGCAGAUCAUUCAGAAAACAUAAGAUUUUAAGAGGGUUGAACUCACAUACUUCAAAAAGAGGUCAGUGUAAGGCAAAAUAAGGAACUAGUGAGCUCAUUUGAGGAAGAAUUUUUCUUAUCCAGGGAUUUGGCAAUUUGGGAAAUGAAAGAGAGUCCCAGUGCAACUAGAGAGAAGAAGCAUAAGAACAUUUGUCAUCAAAGUAAUAAUUUGGAGAUCCUGUUUUGAGAUAAUUUAUAUUUACAUAUAAAUUUAUAUUUUCUCAGAUUGUAGGAAAAAACUAAGCUCACUAUCACAUAAAGCAGUAGUAAAAUUUCAAAUAUACCUCUGGCUAAUGUCUGACUAAUGUGGUCCUAUUUCUUAGCUGGGACUUCCCUGGUACUCAGCUGGUGAAGAAUCUGCCUGCAACGCAGGAGUCCCCAGUUCAAUUCCUGGAUUGGAAAGAUCCCCUGUAGGAGGGCAUGGUAACCCACUCCAGUAUUCUUGCCUGGAGAAUCCCCAUGGACACAGGAGCUUGGCGGGCUUCAGUCCAUAGGGUCACAAAGAGUCAGACACGACUGAGGGACUAAGUACAGCACAGCGCAUUUCUUACCUCAGUAAGGUUUUAUGACUUUUCCAAGUGUGAGAGUCAGAAAGAGAUCAGUAUAAGAACACCACUAGCUCCAUUAACACUCUAAGAGGAGGAAAAGUUAUUACCAUUAUUUGAAAGAGCACUUUGGUUUUUUAAAAAAGAAUUUGUACUUGUAAUGUUUUCAUCCCUGUCAAUUGUUUUAAAUUUAAAAUACUUACGAUAGCUUAUUAGGUAUAGAGACAGCGGUGUGGUAGAAUACUUUAAAAGUUGCUUCCUAUUAGAGUUAACUUAGGAAGAUAAAAGAAAAGUUGUACAAGAAUGUAUCAGUUCACAACCAGAGAACAUAGCAUGCUGCAAUGUACUCUGAAUUACUGGGAGAAAAAAAAAAAAAAAAAAAAAAACACUAAUGACAAAUCUUGUAAAGAAAAUAAAUGUUUGACUUAUAGGCCAUAAGUGAUAGGUGGCUUUAGUAUUGAAUAAUCUAAUAGCCCAAAUAUGGCACCACCUCUGAUUUUGGAUUGUAUAGAACAGCAACACUAUUCCUUAAAACAUUUGUCUCAGCAAGAAAUCCUGGGCUGGAAGGACUGGUUCUCAUUAAAGACUGUCUUCCUCUAUUAUCUUGUCUUUUUUUAAAGUGAUGCUGAACCGAACUUCAAUCACUGAAUUUCUUCUCUUGGGAAUGACAGACAUCCAGGAACUACAGUCUUUUCUCUUUGUUAUUAUUCUUAUAAUUUACUUUGUCACUGUGACUGGAAACGGAGCCAUCUUGAUAGCUGUCAUCUCUGAUCCAAGACUCCAUUCUCCUAUGUAUUUUUUCCUGGGAAACCUGUCAUGUCUAGAUAUCUGCUUCUCCACGGUGACUCUGCCAAAGAUGCUGGAGAACUUCCUCUCUACACACAAAGCAAUUUCUUUCUUGGGAUGCAUAAGCCAGCUUCAUUUCUUCCACUUCCUGGGCAGCACAGAGGUCAUGUUGUUGGCUGUGAUGGCCUUUGACCGCUUUGUGGCUAUCUGCAAACCACUUCGUUACACUGUUAUCAUGAAUCAUCAGGUCUGUACCCAGAUGGCUGUCACUGUCUGGAUCAUUGGGUUUUUCCAUGCCCUGCUGCACUCCGUAAUGACAUCUCGUUUAAACUUCUAUGGUUCCAACCACAUCCAUCACUUCUUCUGUGAUGUUAAACCAUUGCUCAAGUUGGCCUGUGGGAACACUGACCUCAAUGAGUGGCUACUUCAUACUGUCACAGAGACCAUUGCCAUGGGCUCAUUCUUUCUAACACUUCUCUCCUAUUUCUACAUUAUUAUCUAUCUUUUCUUCAAGACUCAUUCUUGCAGAAUGCUUCGUAAAGCACUGUCUACUUGUGCCUCCCACUUCAUGUUGGUUGUUCUUUUAUUUGGUCCUGUUUUUUUCAUUUACAUUCGUCCUGCCUCAGGUAGCUCCAUGGACCAGGACCGGACUGUUGCCAUUAUGUACAGUGUGGUCACUCCUGUACUAAACCCACUGAUCUAUACUCUGAGGAACAAGGAAGUAAAGGGGGCCUUGAAGAGGGUGAUCAGAAGGAGGCCCUGA